CUGCCGCCGAGGGGGCGUGACCGGAAGUGGCGGCGGCUCGGCCGAACUCGGAGGCGCCACGUCGGGUUCGAGGCUCCCCGCCUGGGGCGGCGGCGUCUGGACUCUCACCUCUCUUCUUCGUUUCCUCGGAGGCUGGUUCGUAGCGAGGCCUCGGCGGUGGCCGGGCGCGGCAGCGAGAUGUCGGACCUGGGGGACUGGUUCCGGAGCAUCCCGCUGAUCACCCGUUACUGGUUCGCUGGCUCCAUCGCAGUGCCGCUCAUCGGCAAGCUGGGCCUCGUCAACCCCGUGUACUUCUUCCUUUGGCCCGACGCCUUCAUCAACCGCUUCCAGAUCUGGCGGCCGAUAACUGCAACUUUCUUCUUCCCAGUGGGACCUGGAACAGGAUUUCUCUACUUGGUGAAUUUGUAUUUCUUGUAUCAAUAUUCAUCACGAUUAGAAACAGGGGCUUUUGAUGGAAGGCCAGCAGAUUACAUGUUCAUGCUCCUGUUUAACUGGAUCUGCAUUGUUAUAACUGGCUUGGCAAUGGACAUGCAGUUGCUGAUGAUCCCACUCAUCAUGUCAGUGCUUUACGUGUGGGCCCAGCUGAACAGAGACAUGAUUGUAUCAUUUUGGUUUGGAACAAGAUUUAAGGCCUGUUACCUUCCGUGGGUUAUUCUGGGAUUCAACUACAUUAUUGGUGGAUCAGUCAUCAAUGAACUGAUAGGAAAUCUGGUUGGACACCUGUAUUUCUUCUUAAUGUUUAAAUAUCCAAUGGAUUUGGGAGGAAGGAAUUUUCUGUCCACACCUCAGUUCUUGUACCGCUGGCUGCCAAAUAGGAGAGGAGGAGUGUCGGGGUUUGGCAUCCCACCCGCUAGCAUGAGAAGAGCUGCAGAAGAUCAGCAGGGUGGUGGAAGACACAACUGGGGCCAAGGUUUCCGGCUAGGUGACCAGUGAAGAGCUCCUUCCCUUGGAAAACAGCAACUCUUUGGUUUUAAUUGGAUGUAGGACUGAUACUUCCUGGUGCAGAGCAUGCUCAAGAACUGAGCUCUCUGUAGUACCAUUGGAUUUAAUGGAUUAGAAAGAAUUUGUCUGAACCAAGAGGAAACUAAAAACUCCAGAAGGGAAAAAUGUAAAUCUUGCUCCAGGUUAGCCAGUAGUGUCCAAUUUGUUUCUGCCAUUGAAAAAAGCCUUCUUUAUAUUCAGUAUUGUCUGUCACAACAGGCAAGCAUUAUGCCAUCUUGUUCCAUGAUGUGAUGGAACAAACUAAUGGUGUUCUGUUUCACCUGCUGUGUUAAAAGCUUUGUUAACUGUGGUAAGGUAAGAAUCCAGUGUAAGGCAGGUGGAUCAAACUAACCCCAAAGUUUCGGAGGCUGACUUUCCAUAGCUGUGCUUAAGUUCCAAGGUCUUUGGAAACAUUAUUUAAGUUGUAUUUCUGCUGCAUUCAUAAAGCAAAGUGCAAAUGUUUCAUUUCCAUUAUAAAGAUGUAUUUUGAGGGGAGUUUUUUCUUGCCCUGCAGCAUUUGUCCUACCUGUUACAGUAUGGGAUAGGCAAGACUAAGGAUAAGAGGGCUUUCAUUUGAAAUGGCAAUAACAGAUACCCACAGAAUUGAAAUCUCUGAACUCAUGGCAUGUUACAAGGCUUGCUUUGAUUAAACUGAAGUUGUCUGUUUUGUUUGGUUUUUUUUUUUUCCUGAGAUCUGUGAAUUCUUUGUGUCAAGGUUUCUAUUUUGAUUGCAAAAUUGGGUAGCAUAAAUACUACAUAAACUAGAAGAUGUAACAUAUCACUGUGGUUAAUGUAAAGGGUACUGACUGCAGCAUUAUGUGUGUUAACUGAAUAUUCAGCUUUCCCUUAAAAGCUUUAAGACAUCAAAGAAUCAAAGAUGGAAAUACUUUUCCAGGAUCAAGAUACAAUAGAAAAAAUUGCUUUACUACAGGACUCCUUCAUUGUCAAAUAAGAAAUUACGUGUAUCUGUACUUUUUUGGUAAAACUUCUUGACAUGGAGAAGGGAAUGAUUCUGUACAGUAGUUUUCCUCAUACUGGGUUCCUGUGGGCAGAGCACAGGGCUAAGAUCCAGGAAGCUGUAAUGCUAGCUUCUUACUGACUCACCACAUGGAUUUGAGCAAACUUCUUGCUUAUCUUGGUUUUCCCAGCUGUAAGGAGGACUCAUGCAUGUCUUGUAGCAUUCUUAAAAGGAGGCCGUCCCCGACUCCCCUAGGUGGGAGCUGUUCAUAAACAACGUAAGGCUUAAGUUGACAUAAAUUGUGACACUUAAGCUAGGAAUGCAAUUACUCUAAGCUUAACAAGGCUUCUAAGUCGGAUUAUAGUUUUUUUUUUUAUGUGUAGUUGGAAGAAGAGCACCAUCACUAGAAUGAGAUUCGAGUCUUUGAUUGAAUUUCCCUUUAGCAUUUGUCUGUCUUUUUACUGGGUAAGUAGGGCACAGAAAGCUGUUGCAACUUAGGUAUCUCAGGUAUCUAUCAGUAGAUGAAGUGAAUCUGGGCCGAAACAUUUUUAUUACUAUAUUGUUUCUUCACUAAACCUGGGUUCUGAAGAUUUAAUAACUUGUAAAUACUACUUAAUAUGAAACUGGGUGGAAAAUAGGCAGUCAGACUGGGAGUUUUCAGCUGGCUUGCUUAAAAAAGAAAAUGCACGCUCCAUUUCUUUGCUGCAACUCGGUUUUGUUGAUCCAACUUGUAGAAAAAUAUAGAAAACUGGUAGUGAUCACAUUGUGUGCUUAGGUUUUACAGGAACUUGGAGUUCAGAAAUCGUCUGCCAUUUUUGUCUAUUCAGUGGUAAGUUUUAAAGAUGUCCUUGUCUCUUUCUUUAUGUAAAAUGCUAGGUAAAAGAGAGGACUGCAGUGUUGUAAAUAGUGAUCUGUUGGUGACCAACAGCUGUUGUUUGAUGCUAACUUGAAAAGGCUGAGAACCAUCAUUUCUAUAGAAGUCUUGUUGCAGCUGGUCUUUUUAGUCACAGUAAUGCCACUGUCUCCAAAGCAUUUUGAGUCAGGACUUACCUGUUAAAUGAACAUGCAAUAGUUUAUGACUCAGCUAAAAACCGGCACACUCAAAUUGCAGAACAUCUUUGUGCAAGAGGUCAGAAGGAGGGCCUGAGUGGGAGAAAGGAUGGCAAAAGUCAUUGUCCUGGCUUACUGCGCUGUGCAGGGUCUUACUUUCUAGUGCAUCCUCCUUCUAAGAAUUUAGAGGAAAAGGUUUGCAAGGGAAAUAGCUAAUCAAGACUUAUCAGAAGUCUUUUGAGUUUUCCAAGUCAAUUUACUUUGGUUUAUGGAAAACUCACUUCAGAAUUCCAUUUUGGGAGCUCAGUUUGUUUUUUCUCUCAACUUGUCACUUGACCUAAAGCACUGUUUGUCCUCCAGCAUACACUGACAAUGGCCAUCUCUUGUAAAAUGAGUACCUCCUUUCUUAUUUUGUACAGAUAAUUUCCCUUUUUGUAAUCAAUUUUUGUUGCAAAAUUUUAAAUUAAAGUUUUAAUCUCUUACUG